AUGAGUGUUUCUGGAACUGUAUUAACAAUGGACCCAAAUAAAAUAUGGGUACAUUUUGGAAAAAGUAAAGAAAACGUUAUUAGAGAUAUAAAUAAUAUCAAAUAUUGGAUAAAAAGUAAUAAUUAUUUUCCUGAAAUUCCAGAUGAUAUUAUGAUUCAAUAUUUUUUGACGAUCUGUAACUUUAGUAUUGAAAGAGCAAAACAAUGUCUGGAUAUGUAUUAUGCAGUUAGAAUAGUUAUUCCAGAACUUUAUACCAAUACAAGCCCAACAUCUAGCGGUAUGGAGGCAGCGUACGAGCAAAUGCAUUGUUGCCCGUUACCUGAUCUUACUCAAAAUUUAGAAAGAAUCAUAAUAGCAAAAAUGAAUGAUGUAGAAGUAGAUAUGUUUAAUGUACAUAAAGCAACAGCUUUGGCGUAUGUUAAUAUGUUUGAAGUGUUAAUGUGGGAAGACCUUUGCUUGGGAAAGAAAGUUAUUAUAGAUUUUAAAAGUAUAACAAUCAACCAAGCUUUAGCAAUGGGACCCAAAGAUAUUAGAAAGGUCGGAUUUAUUUUGGAGAAAGUUUGGAAUUUACAUCUUAAAGAGUUUCACUUCAUAAAUGUACCUACCUAUGCGGAAAAAUUAGUUCAAAUUUGUAAAGUAGUAUUAACAAAAGCUUUGGGCGAAAAAAUUUUUAUUCAUAAAUCAAUUGAAGAUGUGUACAAGUUUAUUCCAAGAGAAAUUUUACCAAAAGAAUAUGGAGGUACUCAAAAGUCGUUAUCAGAACUUAAUGAUGCAUGGUUAAAAAAAUUAAGACAAUAUAAAGACCGCUUUGCAGCACUUGAAAAUAUGGAUAUAAUCAACGCUAAUAGACCGGAAUUUGGUAGCAACAACCUUUCUGAAUAUUAUGGGAAUUAUAUGAAAAUCGACGUGGAAUAA